GUGGCUGCUGCUUGGUCCGAGCACGGAGAGAAGGAGGCGACAAAUACUCAGAGAGAGUUGUGUGUUGGUUUGUUCUGCGGGAGAAAGAAAGAAAGAAAGACAUCAGCGAGUCCCGGGAAAGAUUAAAACAGAUGGAAAACGACAUGAAGAAGAAGAUGAAGGAGAGAUUCAGCCUGAGGCGCGACAUCUUCAAGGAGUUCCUGGCGGAAUUUCUGGGCAUCUUUGUGUUGAUCCUCUUUGGAUGUGGUUCAGUGGCUCAGACGGUGCUGAGUAGAGGGGCUGUCGGGGAACCUCUGACCAUCCAUGUUGGUUUCACCCUGGGAGUCAUGAUGGCCGUGUACAUGGCAGGAGGAGUGUCAGGAGCCCACGUGAACCCUGCCGUCUCUCUGGCCAUGGUGAUCCUGGGGAAGCUUCCUCUGAAGAAGUUUCCUGUCUACGUGUUGGCACAGUUCCUGGGUGCUUUUGCAGGAUCCUGCGUCGUCUAUGGUUUAUAUUACGACGCUCUGAUGGAUUUCACCAAAGGAGAAAUGGUCGUCACUGGUGUCAACGCCACAGCUAAUAUAUUUGCAUCUUAUCCUGGAAAACAUCUGUCUGUCGUUAAUGGCUUUGUGGAUCAGGUCGUUGGAAGCGGCGCUCUGAUCCUGUGCAUCCUGGCCAUCACUGACAGGAAGAACAUCGGCGCUCCUAAAGGCAUGGAGCCUCUGUGCAUCGGCCUGGUCAUCAUGGCCAUCGCAGUGUCCAUGGGUCUGAACUGUGGUUAUCCCAUCAACCCAGCGCGAGACCUCGGGCCGCGGGUGUUCACGGCCAUGGCCGGCUGGGGCCUGGACGUGUUCAGAGCUGGUGGUUGCUGGUGGUGGAUCCCCGUGGUCGGUCCCAUGGUGGGCGGAGCCGUCGGAGCGGCCGUUUACUUCCUGUUCAUCGAGCUGCAUCAUCCUGAGCCUGAAAAACAGGAGGAGAACGACGUCCAGGACAAAUAUGAGAUCAUAACCAUGAGUUAGAGAGUGAAACUGUGAUGACACAACACCAUAAUCACCUGUUAAUCACAUGUUAAUCAAAUGUUAAUCACAUGUUAAUCACAUGUUACUCAUAUAUUAAUCACCCGUUAAUCAUCCUCUGUUAAUCCUCUGUUAACCAUAUAUUAAUCAUCUGUUAAUCCUCUGUUAAUCACCCAUUAAUCACAUGCUAAUCACAUGCUAAUCACAUGCUAAUCACAUGUUAAUCACAUGUUAAUCACAAAUUAACCCUAUGUUAAUCAUAUGUUAAUAAUAUGUUAAUCCUCUGUUAACCAUAUAUUAAUCACCUGUUAAUCCUCUGUUAAUCCUUUGUUGAUCCUCUGUUAACCAUUUGUUAAUCCUUUGUUGAUCCUCUGUUAACCAUUUGUUAAUCAUCCGCUAAUCACCUGUUAAUCACCCAUUAAUCACAUGUUAAUGACCAAUUAAUCCUAUGUUAAUCAUAUGUUAAUCAUAUGUUAAUCAUAUGUUAAUCCUCUGUUAAUCCUGCAUGAACCACAAACCUUUCAUUGACCAAAUAUUACAUUCAAAUAUAAACACAUUUUAAUUAGACAUAGUUUUUUAGACAUUAGUUGAUUCCAUGACAUCAUUAUAAGCAUUUUUAUUAUAUUUAUAUUAUGUCCCCAUAUUUCUUUUCUGGAUCUUCUUCUUCUGAUGUUUUUAUUCUGUGACUUUUCAAUCAGGGGCAUUAAAUACAUGCAUUUAUUUUAUUUUAUAUUCAGAUACAGUUCUGUUUCAUCUCCUUCUUUUAAUGUGUUUAUUAAAACAGUGAUUGAUCAGCAUUGUAGUUUUAUACAUAGACAAUUCCAGCCUUAUUAAUAAUAAUAAUAAUAAUAAUAAUAGUAAUAAUAAUAAUAAUAAUAAUAAUGAUAAUAAUGAUGACUAUGUUACUGUGUUAUUUCCAUAACUCUACGUCAUAUUGCUGGAUUUAGAGCCAUAACUUUAUCAACAUAAGACGUUUAAGUGUCCAAAGACACUGGAGCUGCAGGAAAAUAAAGUUUUACAAACUACACAAACACAAACUACCUGAACUUUUCAGAAUCCUGGAUUUUUGUCAUUUGUUUAUAUCGUGUAAUCAAAGAAAUGUGAAUUUGCAAAGACAAAUCAGCAGGUUUUAAGCUGUAAUUAUAUUAUAUUAUAUUAUAUAUAUUCAUUCUAAGAACAUUCUGUUACCAACACAGUUUGACAACUUUAACCUCACGCAGACAUUUACAGAACGUUGUAACUGCUUUCAGGUAAACAAACUUGUAUAUGCUCAGUGUAAGAUUAGAAUAGAACAACGUGACAAUCCCUUACAUGUCUUUUGAUUUCUUUGUUUUAUAACACGUUUAUAACACGUUUAUAAGACCGUAUGUGGCCUACAUAGAUGAGUUAAUAGAGUAUGCAUGUUUGUAAAUGUCUGUGUCCAUGAAUCUGUUCAGAUAUUCACUCUGUAUAUAUUAUAUUAUAUUAUAUUAUGUAUAUUAUUCACUCCUGUGCAUGUGACAUAAUAUUGUUAUUGUUGAGAAUCUUGUUACAACAAAGUCGCCGUAAAAAGUCAGUAAAGAACGUUUACACUGAAGUCAAUAAAGAAUAAAUAAAGGAAUCAGCUUUACCCUCA